AUGGACAUCGAGAACGCCAAGAAGCACCUGAGCGACCUGCAGAAGGAGCGGAGGAAGAAGAAAAUUUCCCUGCCGCGUGUUUUGAAGGGGAAGGUAGUCAUCAGGGAGGAGCACCAGGAGGAGCGGCAGGAGGAGCAGCAGCAGGAGCAGCAGCAGGGCGCAAGGGAAGACGCGCUGGAGAAGCACUUCCCCCACAUGCUUAAGAAGCCCGUGAUUUACUUAUGCGCAGAGAAUGGAGUGGCUGGCGGAGGGGCUGGCGGAGUGGCUAACGCGCUGACUAACGGCAUUAACAAGAAAAAAUCCUUCGACGAAGCAGACUCGACCAAACUGCUAGACGAGUCAUGCUCAGGGAGGAACUACACAGAGAACUCUACACUCCAGGAAAUGCUGGACAUGAGCACACAAAAUGGGGAGACGUUAAAUAUGGGGGUGCUAUUCACGGGUUUGCCAGCACCAGGAGGACAUAAUAUCGUAUGUGGGAUGCUAGACAGUCUGAAAAAGAAAAAUAAAAAAAACUCCUUGUUUGGAUUUCUACAAGGAUUUGAAGGUGUAAAAAACUACUCCUUUAUGGAACUGAAAAAUGAAUAUAUUAGUAUGUUCCGAAAUAGUGGAGGAUUCGAUAUGCUGAAAAGUAGCUCGUUCGAUUUUUUAAGUGAAAAUGGAAAAAAAAAGUGCUUUAAGAUUUGCAGGCAGCUGAAUUUGGCGGGACUGAUUAUCGUAGGGGGGGUAGACAGUCAAAGACAAAUCACCGAGCUAGCGGAGUACUUCGAGCAGGUGCACUUUCUAGCGGGGGGUGCUGUGAAUGAGGGUGAAGGUGAAGGGAGUAAACAGAAUGGAGAGGCGGGAGAGGAGGAUGAUGACCCCACGUACCAAAUCGUGAGCGAUCUGAGCGAUGAAGAAAUAAAGGCCAAGUAUCCCAGAACAGGAAAGAAAUCAAGUAGGAAAAAAACCUGUAUCGUAUGCGCACCGAAAAGUGCACACAACGAGAUGGAGACCAACCUAGUCGAAUGCUCACUCGGAUUUGACACCACCAUUUUUACCUACUGUCAGUAUAUUAGCUACUUAACCUCCCAUGUAAGAACCUAUCAGAUCGGGUACCAUUUUGUUCGGGUUAUUGGGAACACCUCUAGUCAUGUGGCCCUCGAGUGCUUCCUACAAACUAAGGCAAACAUAGUACUAGUUAGCGAAGAAAUUAAAAAGAAGAAAAAAAAACUAAACGAUGUAAUUGACUUCAUUGUCCACGUUGUCCAAAAGAGGUAUGACCUGUUCAGCAAAAGGUAUGGCAUUAUCAUCGUACCUGAGGGGCUCCUGGGGAAAAUUGGGGAAUUUAAAAAAAUGGUUAGGGGGCUCCUCUGGGCCAGGAAGCAGGUGCAGACUCUUCAGAGCGCACCGAAUGUGGACGAUGUGGGAAGAAGGAUAGUAGCCCAGUUUUAUGCGCACUGUGAGGAGAGAGCGGAGAGUGCGGCGAGAGCGGACGGAGCGGGCAGUGCAAUCAGCGAGACCAGUGCGGGCAGUGCAAUCAGUGAGACCAGAGCGGACAGAGCGGACAGAGCGGGCAGUGCGGACAGUGCGGAACUGUUCCGCUCCCUCCCCGCCUUCUUCCAGAAGCACCUCCUGGAGGAAAUUCAGUCGGAAAGGUUCAAGUACGCCCGCCUCAAGACAGAAGAACUGCUCCUAUCCUGCGUGAAGAAAAAAAUAGAGCAAACGCAGAUGAAAGACAUACACUUCGUCUCGCAUGCAUACACGAACGAGGUCACCUGUUCCCUACCGUCCAACUUCGACUGUGCUUACAGUUACCUCCUAGGCAUGGGGUGUGUAGAAAUAGCCCAGAAUAACUACAACGGGUAUUUCUGCUCCAUCAGGCAACUAAAAAAUUUGAUCCUCAACGUGGAGAAGGUUCAACUCGUGGGGAUACCCCUGUGCAGUUUGUUGAGAGUGAAGGAGGGGAAGAAGCUGAAGUUGGUGCCAGAGGACGGGUACUAUCAAACUGGUUCUGUAGCGAACCUGAGGGAAGAUGCGGAGCCCCUCGAAAAGGCGAAUCACCUCAAAAAAGCGGAGUCCCUCGAAAAGGCGGAGCACCUCCAAAAAAUCGUCUUCGUUAAAAGGGCAAAAGUGAACCUAAACGGUGGGUAUUUUCUCACUUAUAAAAAGCACCGCUCUGCGCUGCUGUAUUCAGACGCGUAUCGAACCCACGGGGGGAUUCAGUUCGAGCGGUGCGUGGCAGACGAUGGCGAGGAGCACUCGGUGGACUCCCCCAAGCGGGCCCUGAGCAGGACGCCUGUUAAGUUCAACACCGACCUCAUGAGACACAACAGCGAAGUGGUGUACGUGGAUAGCCACUUCGAAUCGAAGCUAAAUUACACCCCAUUUGAACACAUACACAAGAUAACCGAUUUCUAUGUAGUUAGAAUCCCCCAAGUGAAUGCUAAAGGGAGAAGCAGAUAUAUCGACUCCUCCAUAUCGGAAAAAAAAAACGUAGGAGUUGUUAUCCUCUCACAUAGCGUUCCAGGCGUUAAUAAUAUUAUAGCAGGACUACAUGAACGACUCUCCAUGAAUAACAUAAAACUGAUUGGUUUUGUGAAGGGAAUAAAAGGACUACUCACUAACGAAACGUAUGUAGUUAAAGAUAGCUAUUUGAAUAAUUGGAUCAAUUUAGGAGGAGCUCCCCUGUUGGGGGUACAACUCAAAUGGAGAAAAAACGACACAGAAGUAGUAUGUGUGAACGACUUAAUUGAGGAGAAAUACAUUCACGAGAUAGUGAGCAAUUGUAAAAAAAAUAAAAUAAGCAACUUAGUCUUUAUCGGAGAUGAAAAAGUAAUUAACCUUAUGAAUAUCCUGAAUGAUAAAUUUAUGAAAAAGAAAAUUGAUCUAAAAAUAACAACGGUUCCUGUGUCUCCAUACAACAGCUUCUUCAGAAAUUUGAUCGAAUGCAGUAUCGGGUAUCACUCCAUGGUUCAUACAAUAAGUGAUAUGAUUGGGAAUUUGCAAAGCUGUGCUGUGAAUGCAAGUAACUAUUACUACUUUAUUAAAGUACCCACUAACAUGUCCUCCUUGUCUUUACUUUCCAUCCAACUAGAAACACAUUGUAAUGUGUGUCUAGUGGGGGAAUGCAUAAAAUAUCAGAUGCUCAGUUUGCAGGAGUUGGUCGAGCAGAUUUGUUUUAUUAUUAUUGAGAGAAUUAAUAGGAAGAAAUUUUAUGGUACCAUUUUGUUUAGCUCCAAUUUGCUCCUGAACAUCAGUGACUUUUCCCGCCUGGUUGCCGACGUGGAGGAAAACGUCCAGGAGGGCGACGAGCUGGACCGGAUUAUAAACGAGGCGCACCUCCCGGAGGGACUGACCAAGGAAAGCGCAGACCUGCUGCGCAUCUGCACCAGGUCCGUGAAGGAGAAGCUGCUCCGCAAGGAGAACCGACACGAUGACGAGGUAGACUCUAACUUUGAAGAAGUCCUCAUACAGCAAAUCAAAAAACACAUAACCCAACUAAUGGAACAAGCCAAGCAAAACAACGAACCAUAUUCCUUCGAUGAACACAUGAAAUACGUGCACACUAACGUCAUGGCAAAAAAUGUCAAGCUGUACAGUGACCUAAACUACCUCCAGCAUUUUAAUUGUGUAGUUAAAAAUAUAAAUCGAGAGAUAAACUGUUGCAUCCCAACUCACUUUGAUAAUUCUCUCGCAUUUUCACAUGGACUGCUGGCUGGGAUUGCCAUAGAAAAUGACUUAGUCAAUUACGUCACCUCUAUUAGGCACCUACAUUUGAAUAAGAAAAACUGGAGCAGCUCUCUCUACCCCGGUUUCUACUUUGUGAAUCGAGAUGACGAAGGGGGGGUAGCCGGGUACCCCUACGCCGCGCCCGUGCCCGUGUCCGUGAAGUCGAGUCAAAUGGCCACCAUCAAGCAUAAUGCGGAAACGUGGGCGUACAACGACUGCUACAUCUUUGUCGGGCCGUACCAACAUGAAGUGAACACAGACAGCCCAGGGUGUUCCUCGCACAUUUUUUGA